AUGAGUCGGAAGGAAGGAGAGGAGAAGGGAUUGCGCUCUAAGUGGUGGAAGUAUUUCACCAAAGGAAAGGGCGACCUAGCCAUCUGCACGCUGUGCAAGGCUGAAGUUGCGAAGGGAGGAGGGACGACUAACCUCAAAAACCACAUCAAGCGCCACCAUUUUUCGGAGUACUUCGUGCUCAACAACAUGCGCAGUACAGACGCGGAUCGUUCUGCGGACGACGAGGACCAAGCCUUUGACGGCGAUGAAGUGGCAAGGAUCACGAUGGCGUCCCCAGGGGCAGCGUCAACGUCGUCCUCCCCAUCUCCAACUCCAACACCUCCGCCGCUGUCGCCGUCGCCGGUUCCGGUCAGCAUUCGCUCACCAUCACCAUCUCCAAUGAAAUCUAAGAAAUCAACAGGCCUUGGCCGCCAGACCUCCAUCACCGAUUUUAAGAUUCCAGACAGCAAGUCGACCGACAGAUUGCACAUGCAUGUGGCUUAUUUUGUAGCCACCUCCAAUUUGCCUCUUAGUUUGGUGGAGAAGGAGGGAUUCAUCCGCUUGUGCCACACCCUACGGCCCGGAUACAAGCCACCAGGCAGAAAGGCAUUGACUAACAAUUACAUCCCGAAACUGUACUUGAGCACGAAGGAAAACAUUGAAAGUAUGUUGGCGGAGGCGAACUGGGUUGCCCUAUCCUCUGACACUUGGACAUCAGUGGCCGACGAUUCAUAUGUUGGUCUUAGUGCCCAUAUGAUUGACAACAAGUGGCAGCUUUUCGCCUUCACUCUCAACUGCAGAGCUUUUAAUGAAGACCAUACUGGUAUCAAACUCAAGGAGUGGUUUAAUGAAACCCUUAGGGACUGGCACAUUGAUUUGAACAAAGUGGUCAGUGUUUCGAUCGACAAUGGGGACAACAUACGACUGGCUGUGGACCUUCUGGGCAAGCCGAGCAUGCGCUGUUUUGGGCACACACUACAAACAGGCAUAACUGAUAUCGCCGAUCUUGACAGUGUGUCCAAGCUUAAGACGGCUUCUCACAAAAUGCUCAAUUUCUUUAGCAGUACAAAGGUUUGGAACAGGUAUGAAGCGUUUGUCCAGAAAACAUACGACGUGUCUCCCAAAGCGUUGCCUCACCCUGUGAAGACUCGCUGGUGGAGUGAGCUACCACUUCUUCGGGUCCUUAGAGAUGAAGAACCGUUCCACCGCGCGUUUUUAGCUGACUAUGACUCAGGGAGGCACCUUGGCGUACGAUUGAGCGAGGAGAACAUGCGGACUCUUAAUCUGUAUCUCUCUACUUUGGAGCCUAUCGAGGAGCUCUCCACCGUGCUGUCAGCUGACCAGUACGUCACUGCCAGUGCAGUUUUGCCAGUGAUGUAUGGCCUGGAGAAAAUGGCGGAGCGGCUUCAGAACUCUGGCGCCUCUUUUGACAAUCUGGAUGAGAAUCAAGAUGCGGCGGCGGCGGACAUGCUCAAGCUCAUCCUCAGGAAGGUCCACAAGCGCUACAGCCCGAGCGGGGCCGAGAAGGACGCGGCGGAAACUGGCGGCGAGGCGCGCGGGCCUGUGCGCAACUGCGACGUGAAAGGCAGAGAGACGCUCUACAAGCUUCUAGUUAAAUGCUCAUAUCUAGAUGCUAGGUUUCGGGACGAUUUAACUGCUGAGGACCGCAAGUGCGCUGCCGAGCAGCUCAUGGAAGAGAUUGAAGAAUCCGUCGCCGUCAGCAAACAAAAAGGAAAGAGGAGCACCACCACCUCAACCCCUGAGUCCGAGUCCCCGCCGCCAAAAAAAUCAAGGGGCAUUGCCUCAAUUUUUAAUAAACUUGCUGGCGGUUCCGGAGACAGUGAAGUGAGUGAGGAAGAAUCACUGGAGGUGCGGCUCGCCAAAGAAAUGAGCAAGUACGAUCUGGUAUCGGUGGCCAAAGAUGAAGACAUUCUUGCUUGGUGGCGCCUGCAUGAAAGUAGUUUUCCCCUGCUUGGAGGUUUGGCCAAAAAAUAUCUAGCCAUCCCGGCCACAUCAACCGAAUCUGAGAGAAUUUUUAGCUUCGCAGGUAUUGUCAUAAGCAAGCUGCGAAGUUGCCUAGCUGGCAGUAACGCCGAAAAAUUGAUCUUCUUGGGGAUGAACAAAAGAUUUGUACCAAUGUAA